CUUCAUAUGAGAUGAACGCACGCCUUCCUCGCUCUUCGGUUCGCCCAGGCUGGUAGCAGGGUGACCGACGGCCCGGUCAUGAGAUACUGGCAUCUAACUCAUGCAUAAAUACCCCUUACAAGCAGCCAGUCUGGAUCGGAGGCAGCGAAAGUUUACACUUUUCAGCUUGUGUUCUGCAGAAUGGCGCUUGUUUUCUUGAGGACACAACGGUGGGGUUUGCGCACCUGCAAGAUGGCAUUUGUUAGCAGCUACACCGCCGCCCCCGCCGUUCCGCCGGCCGCUGCAGCCGGCGAUCCUCCUGCCGCGACGACCGUUAAGCCUCCAGCCGCUCCAAGCAGCGAUCCUCCAGCUGAUACAGCCGUUAGGUCUCCGACCACUCCAUGCAGCGAUAACCCUCCAAAUGCUCCGGCCGUUAAGCCUCCAGCCGAUGCACCCCGUGGCUGUCGUCCAUAUGCUCCACAAGGUCCGCCGGGUCAUGGAAGUGAUGGGAAGCCCCAGCCGCGGCCCAACUCUACACCGGAACUUCCGGACCCAUAAUGAUGUGACCUGUGAGUAGCGAGAAUCACGAGCGGUUAUUGGGAUCCAAUCCCGAUGUUGUUCCGAGAAAUUUCCCAGUCGGGAACAAAUAAAAUUUCAGCUUUGGAUUUAA